GAGCUGUCGUUUCAGAAGCAGGGGAGCUUCAUCGUGGAGAAGCUUUUGAAGACGGAGGCGUCGAGGGUUAUGGUGGUGGAAGAGCUUCUGGGGUGCGAAGGAGACGGGUUGUUGAGGCUGGCGAGGAGUCAAUUUGGGAAUUUCGUGGUGAGCAAGGCACUGAGAGUCACGCAGGAGGAGGUUAUGGUUAGGGCUGAUCUGUUUUGGGGUUUGGUGCAUAAGCUCACGCCUUUUCUCAAUUUCUUGCGUGGGUUUCAAGAAAGCAGGAACAUUGCACGUUUCUUGGACUCGAUUCGUUAG